AUGGCGGAGGCUGAAAGUCAACACAGGUUAACAAUCAAUGCACUUGAAGAAUCAUUUCAUGAGGAAACACAGACAAAGCUAUGUGCUGGUUGUGGGAGAGAGUUCAAGACCAGGAGUGGGCUUAGAAAGCACAUGAUCCGGCAUGAACUUUCGCACAAAUACAAAUGUGCAGAAUGUCAUCAGAAAUUUGUAGAAAAACACCAGUAUGAAGGUCACAUGAGAAAACACGGAUCAGAUAUGUUAACAUGUGACAAAUGCCACAAAAGCUUUACACAUUUACAGUCCGUGAAGAGGCAUAUGAAGACAUGCUCCAUAAAGGAGGAUAACAGUGGUGGUCACUCUUCUUUCAAAUGUGAUGAUUGUGGCAUUCAGUUUACUAGGAAGGACACACUCACUGAUCAUGUAAAUGGCGUACAUAGGAGUUCUCGUCGCUAUGAGUGUACCAUUUGUGGAAAGUACUACAAAUGGAGAUCUAGUCUCUGCAACCACAACAAGAAGAAACACACAGAAUGA